GCUCUAUAGUCUAUCUAUAGGCUCUGCUGCUUGCUGCUGCUGGAUGGAUGGAGGAAGUACAGUUUGGUGACAAUUAAAAUUUACUCCACCAUCAAGAAGAAUAACACCCAUCAUCACCACAACAAGCAGUAUGCGUGCCGCUACCCGUCUUCUCCUCCCAUGGUCAUCAAGACUAUCGUACACUGCUCGGAAAGGAAUUCACACGUCGCCACAAAUUUUGAGUAAAGAUGAGCGCCCCCAAUUCCCCGGAGCGAAAGCAAACUGGACGGAAAAGCUAGAAUUUGUCAAGUCUGACCUCUACGAUGGCAUCCCGGUUUAUCGGGUCAUGGAUCGGGAUGGGAAAGUGAUGCGCCCAGAUCAGGACCCAAAGCUGCCCAAAGACAAACUGAUCCACAUGUACCAGUCCAUGACUCUUCUCAACUCCAUGGACAAGAUUCUCUACGAAUCUCAACGCCAGGGCAGGAUAUCUUUCUACAUGACCAACUACGGGGAGGAAGGUACGCAUAUCGGCUCGGCAGCUGCCCUCGAGCCGGACGACUUGGUGUACGGGCAGUAUCGUGAAGCGGGCGUCCUCAUGUACCGCGGCUUCCCUCUGGACCAAUUCAUGAACCAGUGUUACGGGAAUGAGUUGGAUGUCGGGAAAGGGAGACAGAUGCCCGUCCACUAUGGGAGCAAGGAUCUCCGUUUCGUCACAAUUUCCUCUCCCCUCGGCACCCAGAUUCCACAAGCCGUGGGUUCUGCAUAUGCUUUCAAACAACAGCAAAAGGGACUCUGCGUAAUUUGCUACUUUGGUGAGGGUGCAGCCAGUGAAGGUGAUGCUCACGCAGCCUUCAAUUUUUCUGCCACUCUGGAGUGUCCCAUCAUUUUCUUUUGCAGAAACAAUGGGUAUGCCAUCUCUACUCCCACUCAUGAGCAGUAUAGAGGGGACGGAAUUGCUGGGCGAGGUCCUGCCUACGGGAUUCAAUCAAUUCGAGUGGAUGGGAAUGACACGCUGGCCGUGUACAACGCAACCCGCGCCGCCAGGGAAAUUUGUAUCCGUGAGAAUCGACCAAUCUUGGUAGAAGCCAUGACGUACAGGAUUGGUCAUCAUUCCACGUCCGACGACUCCAGCGCCUACCGUUCUGUGGACGAAGUUCGCUUUUGGGACUCGACCGAUCAUCCAAUCUCGAGACUACGCAAGUACCUUGUUCACAAUAGUUGGUGGGACGAUGCAGCUGAGGCGGACUGGAAAAAAAAGUCCAAAACGAUGGUCAUGCAGGCAUUUGCAAAUGCGGAAAAGAAGCUAAAACCAGACUGGAGACUUAUGUUCACGGACGUUUAUGAAAAGAUGACGCCCGGGCUGAAGGAACAGAUGAAGGAGAUGGAGGACCACCUGGUCAAAUACGGGGAUCACUACCCACUCAAAAACUAUGCCAAAGCUAACACCCCGUUGGAGUGAAUCUCGACAAUGACCUCUCUCUCUCUCUUACCCUCGCUUCCUCGAGUGCAACAAUCACGGUCAAGACGAGAUAACCAUUUAUUUUCGUACAGCUUAAAACUAAUAUUUAGUAGUAGAGAUGACGUAUACAUAGACUUUUAACUAAAUAUUAGGACAGUCAAAGCAAUGAAAAAAUAAAUAAAAUAACGCAUGCCACAAG